AUGUAUGAAGCCAGAAUUUAUACUAGUAUUGUGCAAAAACAAGAAUAUAUACAUGGUUUUGGAAUUGCUAAAAGUGAACUGAAGUUUGUACUUGAAAAUAGUUUAGUCAAUGAAUUUGUAGAACUGAUAGUAAGAUUUAUUGAAAGUUAUACUGGUGUUGAUACUACUAAACAGAUAAUAUAUCUAUACAACAAAGUAUUAGAUACAAGACAAAAUAAAUCAAGACAAAUAACUGAAGCCAGUAGUGAAGACAAAGACAUUAAAAAUGGUCCAUCAAGAAAACAAGUUAAUAAAACCAGUAAUGAAAAUUUUAAAAGGAGUUGUCGCUAUGUUUAG